AUGCGAAGUAACACAGAUUUAGAGUUGCCAAAAGAUGCCCGGACUUUAAUGAAAGCUCCUCGACAGAGUGAAGUGACGCCCAUGUGCACAGGAAAAUACUGUCACUAUGGCAUGCAGAAAGCCGUAGAGGAAAUUUUAAAAGAGUACCAUAGGCGUGGCAUCGAAAAGAGGGAGCUUCAUUUAACGUUCAACAUCGACGGCUUGCCGAUCUUUAAAUCAUCGGAGAAAUCCCUAUGGCUAAUUCUGUGUUCGGAGAGAAAUCUGAAGAACGUGUACGUCAUCGGAAUGUACUGGGGAUAUGAAAAACCCUCUGAUCCAAAUGCAUAUUUGACAUCAUUCGCAAAGGAGGCAAUCGAGAUAUGCCAGAAUGGUGUCACCUGGAAAAAGAAGCCAGUCAAAGUGUACUUUCAUGCCUUGAUCUGCGAUGCCCCAGCCAAAUCUAUGUGUCGCAACACGAAAGGGCACAGCGGAUAUAGAAGCUGCAGCAAGUGUACUAUACGCGGAAAGUAUAUGUACAAGACAAAGGGCCAGCGCAAUGUUGGGAAUGGGCAGAAGGUCGGGGGACGAGUAUGCUUUCCAGGUGUACAGCAGCACGCUUGUAGAUCUGACGAGGAAUUUGCGCUGGGGGCGUAUGUAGAAAUAGGCAAAGGAUACCAAUUAGGUAGUACUGAAUUGACUAAAAUUCCAGGAUUUAAAGGAGUAAGCGGGGUACCCUAG